CCGCUUUGAAAAUCUGGUUGAACUGAUGAUGCACGGCGCGCGCGCGCCAGUCGAAACAUGAGAUGAUUAUUUGACCUAACCAACCAAACAAACAAAAACAAGCAAACAGUUUAAACAAACAAACAAAGAGAAGCCUACGAGGUGUGCGCGCGGUUAUUUUUUCACUAAAUAAUAAUAAUAACAAUAAUAAUAAUAAUAAUAUCCUAAAGGCGCGGGUGAAUGGGCGAUUAGGAGUGUAAAAGCAGGAGAGAGGAGCGCUGUGAACUCCAGGAGGAUGCGUGAGGCGUCAGUGCGCUCAGUGUCCUCAUGGCCAGCACUCUGGGACGCGUUUUGUUAGCAACCGCCGAGCAUGGCUGUGGUAAUAGAAUAGCCCGUGUAAUUUGACACUUCAACUUGCCGUGCUCUACGCUAGUUGAUUCAGGAGGCAGUCGCACUCCGGCGAAAGCCUUGUGCGCGUUUUUUCCCCCGACUGUUUUGCAAACUAGCUAUAAAGGAGAAAAAGAAAUACCCAGGGCGACUCGGACUGAGGCUGGAUUUUCUCGGAGCCGCGCGCGGAUCAGAUCUGAAAGUGCGCUGGAGGCCGGUGUAGCUCCGAGCAGGGAGAGAAGGAGAUUCCCCACCGACUCUAUGAAGGGAAGGGAGGGGGAAGGGGGGGGCAUUCACCACACCGCAAGCCUGCACUGUGAACAGAUCAGCUCUAUGAUUGAUGAGGAUAUAAGAGUGGAUUUGCUAAACCCUAAACAAAGAAACCUACUGCGUCCUCUGAGAGAAGAACUUUAAUGGCUUCCAGGUAGAGAGAAAGAGACAGCAAUCAAGAUGAAUUCGAUUCCUUCGAUGGACAGGCAUAUACAGCAGACCAAUGACAGACUGCUGUGCAUCAAACAGCACUUACAGAAUCCGGCCAAUUUUCAGACAGCGGCUACAGAGCUGCUCGACUGGUGUGGAGACCCGAGAGCUUUCCAAAGGCCCUUUGAGCAAAGCCUGAUGGGAUGUCUGACGGUGGUGAGCCGUGUUGCUGCACAGCAGGGCUUCGACUUGGACCUAGGCUACCGGCUCCUGGCUGUGUGUGCAGCCAACCGGGACAAGUUCACCCCAAAGUCAGCAGCGCUGCUGUCGUCCUGGUGCGAGGAGCUGGGUCGGCUCCUCCUGCUGCGGCACCAGAAGAAUCGGCAGAACGAACCCCAGGGCAAAGUGCCUAUGCAGUCACCCAUGAACUCUAUGAAGCCCUCGCUCUCCCACGGUGAUGGGUCCUUUCCAUACGAUUCCGUUCCAUGGCAGCAGAAUGCCAAUCAGGCCCCAGGCUCACUGUCAGUUGUGACAACUGUGUGGGGGGUGACCAAUACAUCACAAAGUCAGGUGGGACAAGUAUUGGGCAACCCCAUGGCUAACAGCAACAACCCCAUGAACCCUGGAGGCAAUGGAAUUGGGUCUGGCAUGCCAGCCAACAACCCAGGGCUGAACUCCCCUCAGUUUCCUGGCCAACAGCAGCAGUUCACAGCCAAAGGUGGCUCCAACCAGGCUUACAUGCAGCAGGGCAUGUACGGGCGAGCGGGGCAUCCGGGAGCUGGCGGAUUCAGCGGGAGUUAUCCGGGUGGUCCGAACGCUCCAGGUGGUAUAGGCAUACCCCCUCACACCCGGCCUCCGUCUGACUUUACCCAGCCUGCCGCUGCUGCCGCUGCCGCUGCCGUCGCCGCUGCUGCUGCCACCGCAACAGCAACUGCCACGGCAACUGUGGCUGCCCUUCAGGAAACCAACAAAGAAAUUAACCAGUAUGGACAGAUGUGCUCAUCGUUUCAGAUGGGCCCUGCGCAGAGCUAUAACAGCCAGUUUAUGAACCAGCCUGGACCCAGGGGCCCACCGGCCAUGGCAGGAGGCAUGAACCCAGCUGGCAUGGGUGCUGGUAUGAACAGCUCGAAUAUCAGUGGUCCUCCAAUGGGCAUGAAUCAACCCCGGGCACCAGGCAUGGGGCCAUUUGGGGCACAUGGACAAAGGAUGCCCCAGCAAGGAUAUCCAGGCCCCAGGGCACAAUCCAUGCCAAUUCAGGGCACAAAGAGGCCCUACCCUGGAGAGCCAAACUAUGGUGGUCAGCAGUUUGGACCCAAUGGCCAAUUCCCCAAUCAGCAAGGACAGUACCCUAACCCUAAUGCUUCCAGAGCCCUGCCCUCUCCCAGUUAUCCCGGCCAGAGGAUGCCAGGCCAGCAGGGUACAGGCCAGUACCCACCUUCAGGAGUUCCCAUGGGUCAAUACUACAAGCAGGAGCAAUUUAAUGGCCAAAAUAACAAUUUCCCUGGAGGUAGUUAUGGCUAUAAUCCAAGCAGCGGGCCUCCUCGGCAGGUUGUGAACUACCCCCAUUCACCUGUUCCUGGGAAUCCCACACCACCCAUGACUCCAGGAAGCAGUAUGCCUCAAUACCUAUCGCCUAAUCAGGACGUCAAGCCUCCGUUUCCUCCUGAUAUGAAACCGAAUAUGACGUCUCUUCCUCCACCGCCGACUAACCCCAAUGAGGAGCUGCGGUUGACCUUCCCUGUACGUGACGGCGUGGUGCUCGAGCCGUUCAGACUGGAGCACAACCUGGCUGUCAGCAACCACGUCUUCCACUUGCGGCCCUCUGUACAUCAAACACUUAUGUGGAGGUCUGACCUGGAGCUGCAGUUUAAGUGCUACCACCAUGAGGACCGGCAGAUGAACACGAAUUGGCCAGCGUCCGUGCAGGUCAGCGUUAAUGCCACGCCACUUACCAUCGAGAGAGGAGACAACAAGACAUCCCACAAACCCUUGCUCCUGAAACAUGUGUGUCAACCGGGAAGGAACACCAUCCAGAUUACCGUCACAGCCUGCUGCUGUUCUCACUUGUUCGUGCUGCAGCUGGUGCACAGGCCGUCAGUGAGAUCCGUCCUGCAGGGCCUGCUCAAGAAGAGGCUCCUGCCAGCAGAACACUGCAUUACCAAAAUAAAGAGAAAUUUCAGCAGUGUAGCAGCAUCCUCUGGGAACGCUACACUGAACGGAGAGGAUGGCGUGGAGCAGACGGCCAUCAAAGUGUCCCUUAAGUGUCCCAUAACAUUCCGGCGGAUUCAACUUCCAGCCCGGGGACACGACUGCAAGCAUGUACAGUGUUUUGACUUGGAGUCCUACCUGCAGCUGAACUGUGAGAGAGGGACGUGGAGGUGUCCUGUAUGCAAUAAAACCGCAUUGCUAGAAGGUUUGGAAGUGGACCAGUACAUGUGGGGAAUUCUCAAUGCCAUUCAAAAUUCGGAGUUUGAGGAGGUCACGAUUGACCCCACAUGUAGCUGGCGGCCGGUGCCUAUAAAGUCUGACCUGCACAUAAAGGAGGAUCCAGAUGGGCCACUGGCCAAGCGCUUUAAAACCAUGAGUCCCAGUCAGAUGAUCAUGCCUAAUGUGAUGGAGAUGAUUGAUCAGCUGGGGCCGGGACCCUCACCGUACACCUCGCUCCCCCCUCAGCAUGGAGGGAACAACGCAGAGUACGCCAGCCAAGGUAACCAACGCAACAGUUACCAGGGCCAUGGAAACUUUGACUUUCCACACAGUAAUUCCGGUGGAGGACCUCCAAUAAAUGACUUCAUGCACGGCCCUCAGCUUUCGCACCCUCCGGACGUACCCAACAACCUCAUGGGUCCAGACAAACCUCUGAGCCACGGCAUGGCCGACUCGAUGCCUCAUCCUGUGAGUGCUGAGCAAUCCCAUGCUUCCAUGGCACCAGGCAUGCACGUAUCGCCCCACCCCAACAGCCAAUCUGCACAGCCAUUACAUCACAGUGGUCCUUCAUCUGGCCCGCCCCCACGCCAAGCCCCGCCCUCACAGCAGCAACAGCCUGGCCCUAACAGCCACACGCAUGGUGACAUGUCCUUUAACCCCGGGUCUGAGGGCCAGGUGGGGGGUCAGGGGGCAGCAGACAUGCCCGAGCCCUCUCUGGAGCUGCUGCCUGAGCUGGCUAACCCAGAUGAGUUACUGUCGUAUCUGGACCCGCCGGACCUCCCAAGCAACAGCAACGACGAUCUGCUCUCCCUCUUUGAGAACAACUGACUUCUCUAACCCACCUUUUACGUGAGGCACUGACAAGUUCAGCUGUCAGGAGUCAAGCAGACAACCCUGACCACCAAUUAAGUACUUUACAACCGUGAAACACUCGUCCUCCCUCUGCCUUUACCUGUGUAAAUAUCUCGCUCUUUUACGGACGUCCUUUUUCCACACAUGUAUGGCAGCCAUGUUGGUUGGCACUAAAGUGAUAUUUCAAUACUAAUAUGAAAAAAACUGUGCAGCUAUAAUCAUAAGAAUAUAUGUCACACAGAACUGUACGUGUGCUCACUAGGAAAGUGUUGUAGCAUUUUUUUAAUUCAGAUUUUUUUUCCUUUUGUGAAAAGCAAGACCUGAAUAGAAAAAAAAGAUACUUCCUGUACUGGCUUAUGUGUGUGUCCCCCAUGAGCAUUCUGAGGUUUGUUCUUCCAAGCUUUACCUCCACAGCUUCCCAAAUCUCCAUCUAGCGUUUUUGACUGGAUGUCCUCGCUGUAUGUCAGAAGUCCCUUGGAAAAAGCACAACAUCAUUCAGACUGAAAAGGAAAACAUCACAGGAACAAAAGGCUGCAUCACAGUCACUGAGAGGUUUAGCAUCAUAGCGAUGUGGUACUCCCGUCUCACAGACUAAUAAUGCCUGGACUCUGACGUCCUCUGUAGCUCAUGUAAAAACAUGCGACCGCGUGACGUGUGGGAAGCCCAUUCAGAUCGGCAUAUCGCAUCUCCUUUUAUCCAUCACGUUCACUCACGAGUGUUGUAUUCGAAUCAAAACAAUUUUUUCCCGAGGGCAUUGUGACAAUUCAUUUCACUGUUUUUUAUAGAAACACCAACAUAUCAAUACUGUAUGUGUGAUUGAGUGCAUAAAUAACCAGCACUGUACCUCCUUCACAAAUCUCUCCAUCUCAGAGUGGUGUGGAAUCAACGUCGAUGGGGCAAUUCAUUUUGUAACGUAAGAAGUAACGCAAUCACUUUUUAAAGAGUAGUUCGAGUGUUAAAAACAUCCGUAUCCUCUGUCAGCUGUCUCUUCUGGGAGUCUUUUCCCAUUUUAAUGCAUGAGCUUAGUCCCUCCCAGGCCUGUGAUGUCAUGAAUAACAAGAUCUCCGUGUGUGCAUACAGUGUGUUCAUUGUGCACUUGUGCCAAUCCCAUGUCGUUUUAGUGACUGAUUUGCCUUUUUUUUUUUCUUUUUAAAUCGGUGCGUUCAGACGUGUGUUCCUCUGUCCUGUUUUAAUUUAUUUUAAACAUGAACUCUGAUCACGUACAGACUACGUUUGUUAUGCGCAAUAUAUUGUUCAUGAUAUAAUUCCUGUUUUUCCCCUGUUGGUGUAACUCUCUAAAUGUACAGUGUCUGUGCGUUUAUUACGAAACGGCCAUGUUUUACCAAAGUUCUGCGUAGUGAUUGGAAGAGAUGGAGCAAACCUGUCGUACCAAGCUAAUAAUCUUCUUUUGCCAUGUUUGAGCAUGUGACAACUUCAUUUCCAUCAGUCCAUUCAUACAACAAAUUAUCAUGUAGUAUUGUAUGGUACAAUAAUUUUCUUAGGUCUUGGUUUUGUAGAGGUUACACGUCUAUGUACAAGUCAGCGUUCGAGAUCGGUUUUAUUUUUAUCUCCACAACCCCCUAAAAGAAUUCGGAGAAAUAAGGAUUUCCCCAUGAGUGUACAUUUUGGCGUUAGGCCUAACUUGCCUAGUCAGAAAGGAAACCACUUAACACAUGAUUUUUUUUUUUUUUUUUGUAUCAUAAAACACACUAUAAAUUAAAAAAGCAUAAUAGGAACUGCAAAUAAAUAUGCAUUACUCCUUGCUUAUUUAAAUUCUGUUAAUCAUCAAAAUGUACUGUAUGUUUGCUUUGACUUUCCUUUGGAGUCGGUGCUCACAAUCACUUGUUUUAGUACAGGCGAGAACCUUUCACGAUGUAUUUUAUUUUUCAAUGUUUCUUUCCAUUUUAAAUUAUUUUGUAUCACAGACUGUCGGUGUUCAGUUAUGUAUAGACUUUAUGUUCAGUGCUGACACAUUUGUAGUCCUAAACCGGCAAAUGUGUUCCAGCUCCACCUGCUUUAUAAUUCACUUGUAUGUCUUUUUUUAACCGAUGCACUGCCACAUUUUUCCUUCUUACUUUGUAGACACCUACAGACAGAAACUGAACUAAACUGAACUGAACUCUCCACUUGCACAUUGGUUACACUGCAGGUUGUUGAGACGAGUCCCUGUUUUUCGACCUGUCGCUCACCGUAGUUGUAGUUAUUGAGGAAGAACGCGAGUCAGUGUGGAAACAGUUACAGUGAAAUGAAUUAGACGCCGUUUGUCCCUGGUUCAGUCACAGGUCUCAGUGGGAAUCGGUUUGAAAGAACGCCCUAGCAGGGGACAUAAGGGAUGCAUGUACAUAUGUAAAUGACAAAUAAAGACACGUUAACAGAAAUGUAUUCAAUUUCCCCAGGGGAAUGUGCAUUGUGUAUUUAGAAUUUGUAAAGCUUGCAACCUCCUAUCAGACUCGAAUUGGGUAAAAUGAAUCUGUGUUCGUUAGCGUCUGUGGAACCUCUUUCCAUAUAUAUUUUUUUGUUCUUUCGUUUCACUUAUGUAAAAUAUUUCCAAUGCCUCCUAGAAAAGGGGAAUUAUGGGGGGCGAAGAGACACACUUGUUUCACCUUUGUGUAAUUAGCUUCCGUGUAUUGCUCCAUUACCUGUGUACUCUAUAAGGUGCUACAAAAGAUGAAGUAAAUCCUGGGGAAUAAUUCGGAGGACGGGGAUGGGGCCUGGAGUGGUUCCAAAAGAUUGUAACCAAAUUAAUAGUUUGUACAAUUUUGAUAUUGAAAUCGGGGAGGAGGGGGGGUGGGCAAAAGGUACAAUCUGAGGUGAUUGGCGCCUAAAGUGGCAGUUGUCUUUUUUGUUUUGUACAUUCUGUGUACAAUCAUUUCAUAUUCUAAACUGUUCGGAAGAAAAAAAACUAAUUGUGAUUUUUAGUCUUGCAAAACUGUAUGUAGUUAGAUGCUGUGACAUCCUAAUAUUUAUCUAAUAAAUAUGUAUUCAGAUGAAACACGCUCA